UUGAACAACACACUUCCGCAUCUCCAGUCUGUUUUUGUUUGGAUUUCUUUUGGUGGAGAGCUCCGCAACACAAAACCUACAUUUUCGGAGACGUUGCAUCGAUCUACGACAGGCACAAUGGCUUCAGAUUCUCCUCGCAGACUGAGUCGUUGUGCUGGAGGGGCAGUGGUGAGAGCACAAGCUGCAACGGAGCAGUCUUACAUGGAAAGUGUGGUGACUUUUUUGCAAGAUGUUGUCCCUCAGACUUACUCCGGGGGUCUGCAACCUGAUGAAAAGGAGAAAGUCGUUUGGGUCCGUUUUGAGAAGGCUGACAUCAAUGACUCUGCUCGCAACCUGGAGUUUAUGGAGAUGCACAGUGGCUCGACUGAUCCUCCUCUCUGUCUAAUGAUUGGUUAUGCCAAUGGGAUGCAGAUUUGGAGUGUAUCUAUGGCAGGGGAGGCCCAAGAGCUGUUCUCAGUGCGUCAUGGCCCAGUGAAAACUGCUCGCAUUUUACCAGCUCCACAUAUCAGUGAGUAUCUUUCUUAUAAUCUUUUUCUGAAGAAUGACCCAUCUGACUUUGAAGCACAUUUAAAAUAAACAAAUUAAUAAAUAAUAGGCA